CAUGUACGGGAGGAGGGCCGGAGGAGUGCAUCGCUCGCUGCGCACCGGUCCUGCGCAAAGCCGUGUCUGAGGUGCUCUCUCUGUCUCCGGUGAAUAAAAUCGCUGGUGUUCCCGUUCCUUCUUACGGCAUUGGGGGUGGGUGCGACUCGUGAAGAGCGACGAUGGAAGUAGUUGUUUCGGCCCCCGGAAAGGUUCUGAUCACUGGUGGAUACCUGAUUCUGGAGAGACCCAACGCGGGGCUCGUUCUCAGCACCACGGCCCGCUUCUAUGCGAUCGUCAGGCCUCUCUACAAUGAGAUCAAGCCCGAGAGCUGGGCGUGGGCAUGGACAGAUGUUAAAGUAACAUCUCCUCAGCUAUCUAGAGAGUGCACAUACAAAUUAUCACUUAAAAACUCAACCUUGGAAUGCACCUCCUCAAGAGAUUUCACGAACCCUUUUGUGGAACAAGCCAUUCAGUAUGCCAUAACUGCCUCCAAGGUGAUACUUGUUGAUGAGAGCAAGAAGGAUAAAUUACAAAGACUACUUCUACAAGGUCUUGAUAUUACAAUAUUAGGUGCCAAUGAUUUCUAUUCUUAUCGAAACCAGAUCGAAGCACACGGCUUACCUUUGACUACAUAUGCACUGGCUUCACUUCCUCCCUUUUCCUUGAUUACAUUUAAUUCAGAAGCUCCUAAUGGAGUGGCUACUGGAGAGAAAUGCAAACCUGAGGUUGCAAAAACUGGACUUGGUUCAUCAGCUGCAAUGACUGCAUCAGUUGUUGCAGCAUUACUUCACUACCUUGGGGUUGUUAGCCUCCCAUUAUCAGAAAAAAGUUUGGGUCAUGGGAAUGCAGCUAAUUCAGAUCUUGAUUUGGUACACAUUAUAGCUCAAAGUGCUCAUUGUAUAGCUCAAGGCAAAAUUGGCAGUGGUUUUGACAUCAGUGCUGCUGUCUAUGGCAGUCAACAAUAUGUCAGAUUUUCUCCUGCAGUUCUUUCCUCUGCUCAGGUAACUGGAGAAAAGCAUUUGCUGGAUGUAGUCACUGAUAUUUUGCAAGCAAAAUGGGAUCAUGACAAGUCUCAUUUCUCCUUACCUCCACUUAUGACCCUUCUACUAGGGGAACCUGGCACUGGAGGUUCAUCUACCCCCUCGAUGGUUGGCUCUGUGAAGCAGUGGCAAAAGUCUGAUCCUCAGAAGUCCCAAGAAACAUGGAAAAGAAUUGCAUCUGCCAAUUCAAUGCUUGAGGAGCAAUUAAAAAAUUUAAGCAAGCUAGCAGCGGAUUACUGGGAUGCAUACAGCCAUAUUAUCAGCAGCUGCAGCCGGCAUGCCCAUGGAAUGUGGAUGCAGCUUGUUAAUGAUCAAUAUCAAGAAUUUGUCGUCAAGUCAUUGAUAGGAGCAAGAAAUGCUUUUCUAGAGAUUAGGCUUCAUAUGCGAGAAAUGGGCAAGGCAGCUGGUGUUCCUAUCGAACCAGAAUCACAAACCCGACUUCUGGAUGCCACUAUGAAUUUGGAUGGGGUUUUGUUGGCGGGGGUUCCUGGAGCAGGUGGUUUCGAUGCAGUUUUUGCUAUAAUUCUUGGAGAAGCAAGCGAUUCAGUAGGCAAAACUUGGAGCUCACAUGGUGUUUUGCCCCUUUUGGUGAAAGAAGAUCCACGUGGUGUGUCAUUGGAAAGUGGUGACCCAAGAGUUAAACAAGUGUCAACUGCAGUUUCUGGAUUGAGGCUUGUAUGAUCGAGUUGCCCUUAUUAUUGUUGAGGCAUAUCAAUAUUCCGAACAACAUCUAAACAUUGUUGUAUUAUUAUUGUUAUAGCAUAUAUCAGAACCAGAGAGAGAGAGAGAGAGAGAGAGAGAGAGAGAGUAGUAGUAAAAGUAUUCUGUCCGUGGAGGCCAGAUUUUCUAUGUUUGAGAAAAGUUUGUUUAGUAUUUUUCCACCAUCA